AUGGUUCGAAUCAAGCGAAACCAAAGGCAUUCGUCCCAAGAUGCUAAGGAUCAAAGACUUUUGGGAUAUGGAGCGGCUUGUCGGACUACAUCCGAGAAGGCGUCGGUGAAUACGGCUGCCAUCUAUCUUGAUGUCGGAAUGGAGGGUUCCUACUUGGUUGUGGUCCGCCAUGUUGAUGAGCCUGAAGCAAACAGGCCCCAUACGCGAGUAGGUGAAGGCCAUCUUUUGUAG